ACUGGUGACCAAAACAUAUGAAUAACAACCUCAUUUGAUGCUUUAAAUUCAUAAAUCAUUUUUUCUUUUUCCUUGUCAACCAAACCUUGGUUAUCUGUCUUUCUAUAAAUACAUAAAACCCCACCUUUGAUUAUCCUAAGACUUCCAACUACUUAGUUUGUGUUAUUGAAUUCUUUUCAUUUCCAUUUCGUCAACUUAUUGCUGGCUGCCUCCUUACAGUUAUAGUGUUAUAGCAUUUAUUUUUAUUUCAUUAACACUCAUCAUAUGAUGGCUAACCAUACCAUGAAGAUGGCCAACUUGUUGCUUCUCGUGACUUUGGCUCAGCUCUUAGCCACCGCAAUCUCAUCAGAUCCUGACCUUCUUCAAGACCUCUGUGUCGCCGACCUUGCCUCAGGUGUGAAAGUGAAUGGAUUCACUUGCAAAGAAGCAUCCAAGGUAAAUGCCUCAGAUUUCUUCUCAAACAUACUAGCCAAACCAGGAGCCACCAACAACACAUUUGGCUCCUUGGUGACUGGAGCCAACGUUCAGAAAGUCCCAGGACUCAACACACUUGGUGUCUCUCUGUCAAGAAUUGACUAUGCCCCAGGUGGCAUCAACCCCCCUCACACCCACCCACGUGCCACAGAGCUUGUGUUUGUCCUUGAAGGCCAACUAUAUGUGGGAUUCAUAACCACAUCUAAUGUGCUCAUAUCAAAGACCAUUAACAAGGGUGACAUAUUUGUGUUCCCAAAAGGCUUGCUUCACUUCCAAAAGAACAAUGCUAAGGUUCCUGCUGCUGUUAUUUCAGCCUUCAAUAGCCAACUUCCAGGGACACAGUCCACUGCUACAACCUUGUUUGCUGCCACUCCAUCUGUUCCAGACCAUGUCUUGACCCAGACCUUCCAGGUUGGAACCAAGGAGGUUCAGAAAAUCAAGUCUAGACUUGCACCAAAAAAGUAAAAGCACCAAGGUGGUUAAUUUGCCUGUCUUGUCUCUUGUGAAGAUAAAUUAUUAUAUGAUACAGGAUCAAUUUUCAUGUGACAUUUUAUUAAAUUAAAAAAAUAUGAUUAUAUGUGACGUGAAAGUUAGUCGGAAUCACUUAGAUAAUGUAAUAAUUUGUGUGGUUGUGAAGUAUUUUUAUACGCCCUCUCUUAA